UGUGCAUGUCUGGAGUCACAAUUUGCCAUAUCGAUAAUUUUGAUUUAACUUCAUUUUCAUUUCAUUGGAAUAAGUCCAUAUACUAAGUAGACGAGCACUUGCGCUUGGAAAUUGGAAUGCAUUACGAUCUGGCUGUGAAUUAUGUGAAUAUGUGUAUGUGUGUGUGUCGCAUAUGUGAAGUUGCAUUUUGGUUUGGAAUAAACUCGACUUUAGUCAGUAGCAGAUUUUACAACGAUCGACGCGCAUACAAUUUGACGAAUAAAAAAUAUGGUUUCACAAAAAAUUCUAUAAGCGUGGACUCGGGUAACUCAACGGGAUAAUACAAAAAAUGUUUCGUGCCAACAGCUAUUGUAACUAGUGCUUUUGCACCAUUUGAAAAUGUAUUUGAAAUAUUGAAGAAAAUAAAAAUAAAACAAGUGAACGCGCGUGACCUAGAGUGACUUUCUUUGUAACAUCUUAAUAUGUUCUCGCUCGUUUGUUGUGUUAUCAAAACCAAUUAAUUCGAAAAUAAUCGCAAAUAUGCAUUCAAUAAGUCACCUGCACUCGCCCAAUUGCGAUUUUAUGACUAAACUAGUGGCCGCUGAGAUUACCGAAUAUGUAACAGCUUGGAUCACCAGUGAUGGCAAUGACACGCUACAACGGUUCGCCAGUCUUCAGCUAGACUCUGAAUCCGCCAUAAAAGAGCAGGAGCAAGAGUUCGAAAAAUAUUAUUUCAUUUCGAUGAAACACUUGGCCAAGGGCCGUGAUCUGCACGAUGCCGCAGUCAACAUUGAACCACUGCGCGAGAGCGCCGUUAACCUGAAGUCCGCACUCGAUUGCUUCGCUGAAAAGCUUGAGUUGGCGCGAGAACGCAUAGAAGCAGCGACCAGACUACAACAGCUACUGCUGGCACACCAGCUCGAGGCUCACUUGCUACAGGAGAUGCAACGGCUGGCCGAAAUUUCAGGCGCCACUCAAUUGCUUGAGAAAUUCCGUCAGGAACAGCGAGAAAACAGCAACAACGAGCCGACGACAGAGCAAACGGAAAUAGCAGAAACAACCAACAACAAUAAAAACAAUAAACCAAAUAGUCUUAACCUCACACUCAACUAUCGCAGCAAUAGCACAACCAGCAGUUUAACCAAACAACAACAAUUGCAGCAACAACUGCAGCAUGUCGCCGUUAUAACAAGUACACCGCUGCCGCGCAUGAAUCGCCUUAGUCAUCGCUCCAGUUCGGGUAUCGGUUCAUUUGACGGUCAAACCUGUCAGUGUUGGCGGGAAAGCCGCAAUAUGGAGGAUAUGGAUGAAAUGCUGGACGCUGAUGGUGAGGAACUCGAAAUGGAGGAUGGCGAGGAAGAGCAAUCGAAGGUUGCCGAUUCCGGUGUGGGCGGCUGUGAGCGCUGCGAAGGAAAUCCGAAGUUGACACGCGUCUGCUCGUGCCAGAGUCUCAACGAAGCGGCCAAUUUGUACAGCAAGAGCGAUGAGCUUGAUUUCGAGUGCUAUGAGCGCCCUAUUAAACAUUAUAAUGACAUACACUCUCCCAUGGAGGCGAAUGCGCAUCUGCAGUACCACGCCUCAAGUUUGGAAUUGUCGAAGUUGGAUGAAAUCAGUUGCUUGGAUCCGAAAAUACAAAAAACGCUUCUAUUGAUCAUGCGUGAAAUGAUUGGCACGGAACGCGACUAUGUACACUCGUUGAAUUAUGUCAUUGAAAAUUAUGUUGACGAGUUGUUGCGCGAAGACAUACCGCAGCCGUUACGCGGCCAACGUAAUGUCAUUUUCGGCAACAUUGAGAAGAUCUUCGAAUUCCACAAAUGGCAUUUUCUCAAUGAACUGGAACGUUAUGAACGCAAUCCAUUGAAGGUUGGCAGCGCCUUCUUAGAAAUGGAAUCGAAAUUCUAUUUGUAUGCGCUUUACAAUAAGAACAAACCGAAAAGUGAUACGCUAAUGAGUGAAUACGGCACGGCAUUCUUCAAGUCCAAACAGUUCGAAUUGAAUGAUAAGAUGGACUUGGCCUCAUAUUUGCUGAAGCCCGUACAGCGUAUGGGAAAAUAUGCCCUACUAUUGCAACAAUUGGUGAAAGCUUGCAAUUCCGUUGAGGGUGCUGCACUGCAAGAGAUCGCCGCGGAUGUAGAAGAAUUGCACCGCGCUGAAGAAAUGGUUAAAUUUCAAUUACGUCAUGGUAAUGAUCUACUAGCUAUGGAUUCGCUGCGAGACUGUGAUGUCAAUGUCAAAGAGCAAGGACGUCUGUUGCGACAAAAUGAAUUUCUGGUUUGGCAAGGACGUGGCGGUAGAAAGUCACUGCGCCAGGUCUUUCUCUUCGAAGAUCUCGUGCUGUUUAGUAAAGCACGCCGGUUUCCAGAUCAAAAGAACUUGGACAUUUAUAUCUAUAAGAACAGCAUUAAGACGUCGGAUAUCGGAUUAACUGCGCAUGUGGGAGAUUCGAAAACGAAAUUUGAGAUCUGGUUCCGUAAGCGUAAGCCGGAUGACACAUGGACGUUGCAAUGCAUGUCGGAGGACAUAAAAAAUGCUUGGACCGAGGAAAUAUCAAAGUUGUUAUGGAAACAAGCGAAUCGAAAUCGAGAAAUUCGCCUAGCCGAAAUGUCUUCGAUGGGAAUCGGCAGCAAGCCGUGUCUCGACAUACGCCCCAGCAAUAAUCAAAUCAACGAUCGCUCCAUAACGAUAUCACAGCUCGGCAAAGCGCCCAAACUGCGUCACUCCUUCGCCGGCAUGCAGUUGGAUGUCACGAAGAGCGCACGUCGGCCCAAUUCCCUCAUCUCCGAGAGUUCAUUGUCGAGCGGCACCAGCAGUUCCUCACUCAGCACGGGCAGUUCUUCUGGUCAUGAACGCGUGAGUGGCAACGCCUGCAACAGCAAAACAACGCCGGGCGCUGUAAGCAGCCAUCAUGCGCUGGAGCUAAUCAACGAGACACAAACUUUAAUGCUGAGCGGCGUUGGCGGCGCAACAGCGGCGAAUGCGUCCAUCAGCGGCACGAAUACAAAUACGUUGAGCAGUAGCGGCAGCAGCGGCAGCAGCGGUCGCAGCGGUCGUAGCGGCAGCGGCAAGAAUGGUGCCGGAAAUGGUGGCUCGGCGCGCGCCAAACGCUCAACAACGCUUGUCAGUCAACUCUCCAUGGAAAGCGGCAUACUGUCCGACAUCUCAAUGACGCCCGAUCACGAGUCAGCGGAUGCCACAACCUGCUGGUUAAAUGCCACAACAAAAACCGCAACAAAAUCAUCACCAAACGCCAGCAGCACAACGGGCACAAUUGGCGACAGCACGGUGAUUUUCCGUCGACAUCGCUUCCAUCUACUGAAACACCACCACCACCACAAAGAACUCAACCAACAACAACAACAAUCAACACAAACGGCCUUAACGGAACGCAUAAGCACGACCGAUCAAUGCAAUCCGUAGUUGCAGGAGUAGUGCGAGCAUUGCGUAAACGUUCUGCGACAUUAAAAACAAGUUUAAAACAGCACAUAGUACCGAAAAAUUACAAAAAAAAUUAAAAUAAAAAAUAAUAAAAAA